AAGCUGCUAUUGUGGGGUCCUCCGAGAUUAAACACAAAUACAGUUAAAGCAAGCAGUCUGUUUCGGUAUAUUAAAUCUUUUUUUUUAAUUAUUAUUAUUCGGGUUUUAGUAACGUAAAAAAAUAAUGGCUUAUACCCAUUGUGUCGUAACUUACUUCAGCGAUGUUCCUUCUGAAAGUUUAAGCCAUGAACAGUAAAAAUGGGGUUAGCUGAACUUGCUAAAGUUCGUUAUCUAUUUUGAUCAACGUUUCUAGCAGUUGUCGAAUUUAAAACAUGGAUGAAUACCCCGGAGUCACCGACAGCGAUUCAACAAAACUACAGGAGAGACAUUACUACUUACUUUCUGAACUGCAAACUUUAGUCAAAGGCUUACCGAGCUCCUUCCAGCAGCGGCUGACCUACAACACUCUGAGCGACCUGGCUUUAGCCCUCAUUGAUGGCACAGUUUAUGAGAUUGUGCAGGGCCUCCUGGAUAUUCAGCAUCUGACAGAAAAAAAUCUGUACAAUCAAAGGCAGAAGCUGCACUGUGAACAUCAAGCACUCAAACAAGAUCUGGUUCGAAAACACAAGGAUGCAUUACAGUCAUGCAAGCCGCACAACCUUUCACUUCUCAAGACAACCCAGCAAACUGAACUUGAGGCUUUGGAAGCUCGGGUUCGCGAGGAGCAAAAGAUGAUGGAUAAGAAGAUUGUUGUAGAAAUGGACCAAAAAGUGACUGACCAGCAGAACACCUUGGAGAAAGCAGGAGUCCCAGGGUUUUACAUCACCACUAAUCCUCUGGAGCUCACGAUGCAGAUGAACCUGCUUGAAUUGAUUCUCAAGCUUCAACAGAAGGACUCGCAUGCCGGACUGCUAUGAGAAAGAUCUGCCAACAGAGACAGUAUUUUCUUUUUUUGUCAUAUACAGAAGAUCAAAGAUUUGGUCACAUCCUGGAAAAAUUAAGUUUUGGCCUGUAGGAGAACAGUGGGACAUUUUGACAGACCAGAUUAUAGUUAAGAAAUGAUAAAAGUGGGCUUAAUUUCUGUUAAUACACUGUAAACUUUCUUAAGGGCACUUUGCCUGUUAUUUUGUGCUGUGACUUAAAUCAGGGGGACAUUUUUGCUAAACACUGAUGUAUCUCUCAUUACCUUCCUGAAAAAUACCCAAAGUUUUGAGUAUUUCCAUUUUUUUUUUUUUUUGCAAUAAUCCACAAACCCUACUUUGUCCCAUGUGUACUUGGAAAUUUCAUCUGUUACUAGUUUAUAGUCUGGUCAUAUUGAGUUCAGUGUUAUAAUGGCACAUCACCUUACUUUAGUUGUCAGUAAAGUUAUGUUUUGGAAUUAUGUUCCUGAUGUAUGUUAAUCUGCUGAAACUGUGAAGAAUAAGUUGUUAGGUUAGAGUUGUGUUUUAAUUUUUAUUUUUUAAUUUCCUAAAUAAAAGACAACAUGGCAAAAAAUGGUGAACUCAUUAAAACUGCAUUUCACCCAAAGUCAUGAAUCACUCUUUUGGAAGACCUAUUAAUUUUUUUCUGCUUCCUAAAGUGGACAUUGUUAAUAUGAGGAAUAAUCCCAUUGUCUGGAUAAACGUUAAUUAGUACUCUGCAUAAUAGAACUGAAACCUGUGCCUUCUGUACCAAAAAUAUACUGUUAAACA